AUGGAACCCAACAUCUUGACAGCCAUCAUAGCCACAAGCAUUGCUGUUCUCCUGCUUGCCAACCAAUUCCAGAAAGGCCAACCAUACUACAGCAAUGGUGGCCGCGCAACAUAUGUCAAAUUUGUAUUGCUAUCCGCCCAGGACAAGCUCUUCCACAAAAUAACUUUGAUGAUGCACCCCACAUUUGAUGCACUGGUUGAACUUCUCAGAGACACCCCCAUGCGCGAGACGGCCGUGAGAUUCCGGAGAGGAUUGUUUACUGUCAACAGGUACUUCACUGAAGUUUUGGAGGCUCUGUUUAUACUGUACCCCAAGUAUGUCAAGCUUGAUCCUCAGACCUGCGCUCAACCUUCCGACCUUAAAGACGACCCCAAGUAUAAAGCGUUCAAAAAUGCUGUCGGCGCGGUUGAUGGGGUGCUUAUAAUGCUCGAGUCCCCGCAAAUGAACAGCCAUCCUGGAGAUGCCGCAAGGGCUGGAUGGGAGGGCAGCACACACAAUUCCCGAGUGUACAUGGAUGCCUAUUCAAAAGGGCUGGCACUCCCAGGUAACAAGUACCCAACGCGGAAUAUGGCCUUCAAAAAGGUCAAACUGAAGAAACAGGUGCAGCUUGUCUACAGUCUAUGCAUGUUAUGGAACUUCAUUUGCAAACAUGAAGAAUUUGAUCCAUUUGAAGAUCAAGUUGACCCGGAUGAAGUUCCAAGUGCCAACUCAAACUCCCCUUUGUCUCAGACUGCCAAAUGUGAUUCAACCCCCCACCGCACCAAUACUCAAGAGACGACGGCAAUGAAACUGCAACAACACCACAUUGCCACUAAGUUAUGGGACCAGUACGUUUCAUACAACUCAAGGGAUGCAUAA